UUUAAUUUAUACUAUUAAUAUUAUUAUAUUAUUAUAUACUAUAUUAUAUUUUUAUAUAUAUACCAAUGUGAAUUACGCAUGCGUUUGAGAUAUUGUAAUUCUACUAUAUAUUAUCAUUUUAGAAUUUUAACUAAAGGACUAAAAACAAGGAAAGAUAAUAAAAAAAUAACAUAAUUACAUACCAAAAAUAAUAUAAGUACACAAAACGAGAAAUUUAAAAAAUGCAAGAUGAAAAAGAUAAUGAAUUUAUGCCAAAAUUAGAUCUUGUACGAGAUAAAAAUAAACUAAAAUACAGUGAUUUAAUAUAUAUGAAACAAGCAGAAGAGAUAGCUGUUCAAAAAGCAUUGAUAUAUAAAAGAACUCGUACAAAAUGUACUAUAGCAGGAAUCUCUAUUGCUAGUGUAGCUUUAGGAAUUUAUUUAUAUACUAUACAUGCUGUUAAACAGGAAACUUUCUUAAAUGAUUUAAAUGAACCUGAAAAAAUAAUUGAAAAAACAAAUUCAGAUACAAAUAUUGCUUAGAAAUAUAUUUUUAAUGUAAUGUAGAAUAUUAUUUUUGGUUUUUUAAGUAUAUUUGUUAUUUAAAUAUAAAACUAUAAAAUAAUAAAAUCCAAAUAUUAAAAUACUAUAAAA